AUGGAGAUGGACCAAAAAGUCGCGUUCCGUCACCUGACCAAGCGGAUCGCGAUCGACCAACAGCCUGUAUGUUGCGUUCUCUGCGCUGAGUCCGAUUCUUCGACGCGUCGAUUGACCUCGCGUCGUGGUCGCUCUGUGUGCAGUUGUCGUACAGGGUUGCGUCGCGUGAAUUGGGCAUCACUAUCCAGGAUGCCAAGGUGUAAGUUCUCCCGUUUUUUCUUCUUCUUUCAGACCACGCUCGAACUCUCUCGAACUCAUAUCAUGUCCCCACUCGCACAGCCUGCUAGCAGCCUUCCUUGAAGACCCGUCCACCCAAGCUCGUGGCAUCACCGCGACCUACUGCCUCUGCGGCCAAGUCGCGACCCAACCCAAGGAAGAUGACGACGACCACGCGAUGGAUCUGGACUCGCAGCAUGCUUCACAGUUGGGGUCGCCCGCGCUCACGUCGAUCGUCUUGCUUGUCCCUCAAGCCGAACUGGAAGGUGAGCCUCUCCCCCACCGAGUCGGUCCCUAGCCAUCCAACCCCACUGAUUACCUCCCUCUCUCGUCUUUACAUCCCAGCCGCCCAAAACCGUUUCCUCACCCCGCCCCAGUCACACGUCUACGCCCUCCACUCGACCCCCCUAGCUUCAACCUCGGACCUCUCCGUCCAUACCCUCCCCUUGCUCUCCACCGAAGCGCUACGAGCGAAAUGGAAGCCCAUCCCUUUAGGAGGGUACGGCGAGAUCGUGCAUCCUAACGGAGAACGUAAAAAAUCCUCUUCUCAAACGGGGAAGAAGGCAUUCACGAACAAGGCUUCGACUUCUGCCAAGCCCACCACCACCUUGUUGGGGACCAAACUCGAAUCAGCCAAAGCUUCCACCUCGAAUUCCGACAUCCCAUCCUCGAGAUCGACCAAGAAACCUGCCGCUUCGACGGUGCGCAAGAUCGGACAACCUGGAGGUCUUUUUGCGCGUAGAGAACCGACCCCUUCCCCAGUGGCUCCUAAAGUCGUUCCGAGUAAGAGGAAAGCUUCACCGAAGAAGAAGCAGAAUGGGUUGUUCGCGGAGGAGGAAUUGGCUUCGGACGAGGAGGAGGAGGAGGAUCUUUGGGAUGAAGAGGCUUUGAGAGAGGCGGAGGAAAUGGCUUUGAAAGGAGACACCAAGACCAAGGCUCCUGCGGCGGCGGUGGAGACGAAGAAGAAGGAAACCGCAUCUGCACCGAAGAAGGCGGCGGUACUGGUGGCGGCCCCGGCGAAGAAGUUUGGUGCGGGUUCGAGUACGACGGGUGGUGCAAAGGCGGGGGCAAGCAAACCUGCUCAACAGAAGGGGAUUGGCUCGUUCUUCACUAAACAGGCUUGA